AUGAGAGCCUCAGCCACCCUCCUCGCUGGGGCUCUGGCCACCCUGCUGGCUCCGGGGGCUGGGGUGCCCGUCCCAAGGCAGGACCGCCAGAACAAGCUGCUGCUCGUGUCCUUCGACGGCUUCCGCUGGAACUACGACCUGGACGUGGAGACCCCCCACCUGGACGCCAUGGCUAGGGAAGGGGUGAAAGCUCGCUACAUGACCCCGGCUUUCGUCACCCAGACCAGCCCCUGCCACUUCACGCUGGUCACUGGCAAAUACAUCGAGAACCACGGGGUCGUCCACAACAUGUUCUACAACUUCACCACCAAGGUGAAGCUGCCCUACCACGCCACCCUCGGCAUCCAGAGCUGGUGGGACAAUGGCAGCGUGCCCAUCUGGAUCACAGCCCAGAGGCAGGGCUUGAAGACCGGCUCCUUCUUCUACCCUGGUGGGAACGUCACCUACCAAGGGACCGCCGUGACGCUGAGUCGGAAGGAGGGCAUCCUACACAACUACAAAGACGAGAAGGAGUGGAGGGCCAACAUCGACACGGUGAUGCGGUGGUUCACAGAGGAGGACCUGGCUCUGGUCACUCUCUACUUCGGGGAGCCGGACUCCACAGGCCACAAGUACGGCCCAGAGUCCCCGCAGAGGAAGGAGAUGGUGAGGCAGGUGGACAGGACCGUGGGCUACCUCCGGGACAGCAUCGAGCGCCACAACCUCACCAGCAGCCUCGACCUGAUCGUCACGUCUGACCACGGCAUGACGACCGUCCACAAGACAGCCAGCGACCUGGUGGAGUUCCACAAGUUCCCCAACUUCACCUUCCAGGACAUCGAGUUCGAGCUCCUGGACUACGGGCCGAACGGCAUGCUGAUCCCCAAGGAGGGGAGGCUGGAGGAGGUGUACAGCGUGCUGAAGGGCGCCCACCCCCGGCUGCACGUCUACAGGAAGGAGCAGUUCCCCAAAUCCUUCCACUACGCCAACCACCCCAGGAUCGCCCCGCUGGUCAUGUACAGCGACCCCGGCUACGUCAUCCAUGGGAGAAUCAGCGUCCAGUUCAACAAUGGGGAGCACGGCUUCGACAACCAGGACCUGGACAUGAAGACCAUCUUCCGGGCCGUGGGCCCCAGCUUCAAGGAGGGCCUGGAGGUGGAGCCCUUUGAAAGUGUGCACGUGUACGAGCUCAUGUGCCAGCUACUGGGCAUCGUGCCCGAACCCAACGACGGGGACCCCGACACCCUGAAGCCCAUGCUGCGCCCGAGGGAGGGAGGGCCACCCUCCCCCGCCCUGUCCACAGACGGGCACACAGAGCGGCUCUGGCGCUGUCACCAGGAGGCGGCGCUCGUGCGCUCCUCAGCGCCUGCCSGAGCUUCCUCCGGCCGCUCCGGACGCACCGAGAGGAACUGGGAUCCGUCUUUUCCUCCGCUCCUCCGGCCUCUGCAGCGCCCGCAGAGCUGCUGGAUCCAGCCCCGGGAGGGGGUCGAGGACCGCUGA